CGUUGUGCUUGGCCUUCUUGGGUGUCCUUGUGGUCAGCAGCGCAUCGAGAUAGGGUUAGAGUCGAGAUCGUGGGAAUUUGGUGAAUUUCCAAAGAUUCAAGAAGACGACUCGAGAGAGAGGAGAAGAGAGUGCAAGUGGCUCGUCGAGUAGACCCCAGAGAGACGCAAGAAGCAAGUCUGCUGGAUCGACUGCCUCGGGAGUAGUGGGCCGUCUGCUUGAAGCACUGAAAAAUGGUGCUCAAAGUACAAAGAGCGAACGAUGUCCAGGUCUAUACCGUGUCUGGCUCGGGAUCCAAAUCCAUCCCUGACUGGCUGGCACGCAAGAACAAGAAGACGCUCAGAAAUGACGCUGAGUACAAGUCGAGAAUAGAACUGCUGCAGGAUUUCGAGUUCCCCGAGGCGAGCAACCGGAUACGGUUGAGCAGGGAUGGCGAAUUUGCCAUGGCAACCGGCACAUAUAAGCCACAUAUACGACUGUACGAGUUCUCUCAAAUGUCCAUGAAGUUUGAGAGGCAUACGGAUGCGGAGAAUGUCACUUUUGAGAUUCUGAGUGACGAUUGGACAAAGAGUGUGCAUCUGCAAGGCGACAGAAGCAUUGACUUGCACACUGCCGGUGGUAUCUACUAUUCAACUCGCAUACCCACGUUUGGACGAGAUCUGAGCUAUCACUAUCCGACAGCCGAUGUCCUUGUUGGAGCAGCUUCAGAUGAGGUCUACAGACUCAAUCUCGAUCAAGGUAGAUUUCUCAAUUCCCUCAAACUUGAGAGUGCAAGUCAGGGCGUCAAUGUGACAGACAUCUGCUCAGCGCAUCAGCUUUUUGGAUUUGGUACACACAAUGGAACUGUCGAAUUCUGGGACCCAAGAGUCAGAAGCCGCGUUGGGAUCCUGGACCUCAACAAGCAGAAUGAUCCCGUCGCCAUUACAGCCCUCAGAUUUGCCGAAGACGGCCUCAAUCUUGCUGUUGGUUCGAAUACUGGCAUCACAACACUAUUCGAUCUGCGUUCGCCUCAAGCACUGCUCACGAAGGAUCAAGGGUACGGCUUGCCCAUCAAGCAAUUGCACUACCUACAAGCGCCUCCUUCAGACACAACAAGCAGAUUGCUAUCGGCUGACUCAAAGAUCAUCAAAUUAUGGGAUGUCCAAACUGGUAAGCCCCAUACAAGCAUUGAGCCACCGAAUGACAUCAAUGACGUACAGCCUGUGCCCGGGUCUGGGCUCAUUUUUGUCGCGAACGAAGGUAUCCCAAUGCACACGUUCUAUGUGCCUUCGCUCGGUCCAGCGCCAAGAUGGUGUUCAUUCUUGGACAACCUCACCGAAGAGUUGGAAGAAACAGAAGCAUCCGUCUAUGCCAACUACAAGUUUGUCACGCGCAAAGAGCUUGAUGACCUGGGCUUGCAGCAUCUUGUUGGUACGAACGUCGUUCGUGCCUAUAUGCACGGUUACUUCAUCGACUUUAGACUCUAUGAGAAGGCCAAGCUCAUUGCAAAUCCAUUCGAGUAUGCCGAGCACAGACAAAAAACCAUCGCAGCCAAGCUUGAGAAGGAGCGAGAAUCUCGCAUUCGAUCGAGCAAGAAGACAAAGGUCAAUAACACCCUUGCAGCGAGACUACUCAAAGCCGAAGAGCGCGAACGUGCCAAAGCCGCAAGGAAGGGAGACACAGCCGAGGUGGCAGAUGUGGCAUCAACCAGUAUUGUGGAAGAUGCUCGGUUCAGAGAUGCCUUUAACGACGAGGAUUUCCGUGUUGAUGAAGCGUCUCACGAAUUCAACAUUAUCAACCCAACUCGCUCGACUAAGCGUGGUCUCACAGCAGUGGAAGAGUCCGAAGAUGAGCGAGCCAAUAAUGGUAUUUCUUCAGACGAUGAGAGCAGUGACUCUGAUGCUUCCGAACAAGAGGCAAAAGAUGAACGCAAAUCUGACAAAUCAGCUUCUCGUGCUUCUGAUGAUCAAAUAAGAACCAUCAAAGUAGAUCAAGGCAAAAAGCAAAAGGAGAAGAAGGCAGUUGCAUUCUCUGAACCCAUCAUGGUUUCGCGCGAAGCAGAGGUCAAUGAAAAUGGUGCGCCACAAAAGCGCGCGCGAAGCUUUGGCUCUCGUCUAUCGACUGAAACCAUUAAACAGGCUCGCAUGGCACAGAUACAAGCCAACAUCAAGCAUGAUGUCGCAGGAAAGGGGACCAAAGAGAUGACUUUCCUGCCUGAGCCAAAGGAAAAGAAACGAUCGAAAGGAGACGGACGCGAUGAAGGCAAGACACGACAAGAGUACCAAGGACGACGCAGUGCAUCUGGCAACACGUUCAGGAAGAUGCGUUCAUAGACAUUGUUCAUUCAGCAUAGCGUAGCCAUCAUAUAAUGCUCCUGGCUUUAACUAUUUACAAGAAGCGCAUCUCAGACUU